CAACUUCAACGCUUCACCUUUGGCAGAGCUCCAAACUUUUCGACAAGAACCAAACACACGCAUCUUUCCAGUUUCGCCAGCCCUCGCAGUUCCUUAAAAUAGAAUUAGUCGGCAGCAGCAACUCUCUCUAGAUACACGCCACAAUGGCGUCCCAACAAGCCCUGUUCUCCCCCGCAGAACUCGCAUACCUGCACAGCUCGCUCUCUCUCCAACCACCAAUCCGACCAGACGGCCGAUCGCCGACGCAAUUCCGUCCUCUCACAGCCGAAACCGGUAUUCUCCCUGGAACCAAUGGAAGCGCUCGAGUGUGUUUUGCAGACGGCACGGAAGCGAUUGUCGGCGUAAAGGCCGAGAUUGAAAAGACGGUCGAAUCGAGCGUCGGCGCAGAAGACCAGCUCACAGAAUUGCAACCGCAACGAGGAAGCGGUGAUGGACAAGAAGCGCGACGAAAAGCAAAGGGAGAAUGGCUCGAGAUGACUGUGGAGAUCCCAGGACAGCGAGACGAUGAGGCGUCGACAGUGUUUUUGGCAGAGAUGCUGCGAGAAGCGCUGCUCGCUGAUGGAGAAUUUGCAAAGAAGCUCUGGAUCAACCGCCGCUUCCACUGGCGUCUUUACCUCGAUAUCUUACUCAUCUCUCCUCCUCUUUCAUACCCUCUCCCUCUGUUGUCCUUGACAACCCAUUUGGCGCUCCUUGCUACAAGAUUGCCCAAGCUGAAAUCAGAAGGUGACGAAGACCCCAUGUUUGACGACGACUGGGAAGCCUCUACAUUCUUAUACCCUCGCGAUGGAGGAAUCGCCGGCUCGCGGCCGCCAAUCACGCUUCUCGUUGUUGCCAUUGGAAACAACAUCAUAUUCGACCCCGCUAGAGAGGAGCUUGCAGUCGCAGAAGCAGCGCUGGCAGUGUCUGUAUCCGAGGUCCGCGAAGAGCAGCAGUCCUCACGUAUGGAUGUCGACUCUGGGCGCCAGCUUAGACUUCUCUCCAUGCGCACCGUCGACCCGCCUUCGAGACUGACGCCUCCCGGUGUACCAAACUCGAUGAACAUUGCUACCACAAACACAGAAUCUGGCAGUGGUACUUCGACGCCGCAGUCGAAACAGCCACAGCAACAGACCGAUUUUGCUUCCACCGAAGGUGUAUGGAAAGCGCCGCUAGGAGGCACCAAGUUUGGCGUCCUGGAUGCCAUUAUACAGGCAGUUUUGGAAAAGGGUGGCGUAGCGGAUGAUAUUCUCGACGGGCUCGAUGGCGUUGAAUUAGCAUAAUGGGGGCGAACAUUACAAAUGACAUAUCAAGAUUUAGUACAUAGAACGAUACAGAUGGGGCUAGCUAUGAUGACUACUAUUGUACAAUAAAAAAACGCUACACUUUGGCACCCACAUGCAGCGAGCACACCACAGCAACACUCUGCUUUACCAGAUGCCAAACCACUUCUUUUUCGAAGCAGCCUCCUUCUCCUUCUCAGCCGGCGUAGGGACAUACUCACGGCCCAUGGCAGCAGCCUCGAGCUCGUCAAUAGACUUGCCCUCAUCCUUGCCGAAAACCAUGGUGACGGGGUCCUUGGUCUCGAUGCCAUGCAUCUUCAUGUAAUAUCGGCGCUUGGCAACAUCGUCAAGGCUGCGCGUUCGGUGCUCGAUGGCCUUCUCAGCCUUGUCCUUUUCGUGCAGGAUAAUAACAUUCUUCCACGCGGCGAUGAAGUAGGUCGGGUUCGUCCAGAGGUCCGACAGGGGAGGCACGAGGUCCUUGAACGGCGAGUUGUAUGCGUAGUUCAUGAAGAAGGUGGCAAUGGCCAUGGCGAGAAGCGUGCCCUAUAGAAUCAAUCCAAGUUAGUCUCAAUCCAUCUUCAGUCCCAACAUGUGCAGUAUUUCGUACCAUUGUGAUAAAAGUAUGCAGCAGUCUGCUGUGCCAGAACCAGUGGCUCCAGGUGCCCGCGGGGGCCAUCAUGCCGGGAUAGUCCCUUGUGUUUUGGACAGCAAUCUCUUCCUUGGUCAAUUGCGGUCCAUAGUGGCGCGGGAUGGUGUUCUUCUUGAGCCGCGAGCCAUGGGACGGCGGGUUGAACUUGGCCGGCUUCUCGAGCACAAUGGGCUUGUUGGGGGUUAAUGAGGCGUAUCGCACGCGGACGGACUGCGAGACAGGCAGUCGCACAGUUCGCCAGAGCGUGCCCUGCAGCGGCAGCAGAAAGCGCGGGAUGACUGCCUUGGAGGCCAUGGCUGGUGUUGGGGUUGACGAUGAUGGGCCGUUGGAGAAGCUUCGCAGGCUUGUCUGUUCCUCAAUGGAAGCUUGCUGUGGCUGCUUGCCCUGUGCAGAUUUGGCUCCAGGCGCUGUCCAGCACGGUACCACGGGCAGUCAGUGGCCCUGCGCCAG